ACCUUCAUGGUUUGGAUUCACUGCAUUGGUCACAUGAAUGCUUCGGUUCAUCAACUGCAUUUGGCCCAGGAUAUGGAUAAGGAUAUGGACUCUUCCUUCCUGGCUUUGGUUCAUCAACUGCAUUUGGCCCAGGAUAUGGAUAAAAUACCCAUGUUUUGGAUUCAUUGCACUUGUUACAUGAAUGCCUUGAUUCAUCAACUGCAUUUGGCCCAGGAUAUGGAUAAGGAUAUGGACCCUUCCUUCCUGGCCUUGGUUCAUCAACUGCAUUUGGCCCAGGAUAUGGAUAAGGAUAUGGACCGUCCAAUGUAUUGGAUCCACUGCACUUGUUACAUGGUUGGGUUGGAUAUUGACCAGGAUAUGGACCAAAAGGAUCCCGAGGCACGGGUACAGGAUACGGUAUUACAAUUGUUUGAUUUAUAACUUGUAUGGGACGUACUCCUGAGCCCGUUUCUGGAGGGAUAGUGACUUGAAUAUUUUCUUUGGGUUGGUCCGGACACUGCAUACAACGCUUGCAAAGGUCCCACGUACACGAAAACUUGCAUUUAAGUUUGAUUUUAAGGCACAACAACGUUCUGGGCAUUACGCCGGCAUUUUUUGUCUCUCCCAGUAGUCCUUUGGGAGAUUCAGUCCUGUUCGCUGCGCAAAGGAGCAGGAAUGAAAGGAUCAAGAAGGCAGCCUUCCACUUCAUUUUAAUAUCGUGUCUAGCAGAAUAUGUCUAAUCUGACGCUACAAUCCAA